AUUACAUCUCUAGCUGCGCGAAAUCGUGGGUAGGACUCCAGAAUUGAACACGUCAAACAAUUUCCGUUACUAUGGAGAUGGUAAACGACAGACAUACGACAACAAACAUCUUGUCUAAUCCAAGAUGGAGGUAUUGCCUAAAGUGGAAUCUGACAAAGAGGUUGCCAUUGAGGAAGCUGAAGAGGAUCGACAGGAUGAGGUUAACGAGGAUCUGCUUAAACUAGAGGAGACCCUCUGCAACAUACAAAUAACCCCAACACCGUGUUCACUGCCAGAACGGGCACAGGAGGUUGACCUGUCCCAAUACCCAACCUCUUAUAAAGAAAACUCACCACAGGAAAAGCUGCUGCUUGCCAUCGCCGACAACUUCUGCUGCCAGUAUGUGCACCUUUACCCUGACCGAAAACCCCUUCUGCUGAGCCCACUCAAUGAGUGUGGAGUCCAGAAAUUUGUCAGUACAACCUUGAGGCCCACCUUGCUCUCAUACCCGGAGCUGUACAGCUGGGAGGGAUGUGCAAGCUUUGUGUCAGAGUUCUUGUCUUUAGAGCCACUGGAUCCUCCCAUUGACCCGCCAAGACACCUCUACUCUCCAACCUGGUUGAUGCAGACUCAGCGAGGCUCCUGCUUUGAUUUCUCUACUCUGCUGUGUAGCCUGUUGUUGGGUGCAGGCUACAAUGCCUACUGUGUUAGUGGAUACGCUGUGAAGGAAAUGUGUCUCCUCAACCAGUCCCUCCAGGAAUGUCCCCUACUGGUUACACAUGUUAAGGGAAAGGCUACUGAGCAGAAGCGGCAGGUGAAGAAGUACUCAGUGAAACCACCACGGGACCUUCGCAGUGGCUUUGAGCAGCGUCAGGAGGAACGCAGACAAGCUGAUGCACAGGCUAUCCUCCUGAAGAAACAGCAGGAGGCAGAGAGACUUCAAGAGGAGCGAGAGCGCCUACCCCCAGAUCCCCUGUUGGGCCUGCGGGUCCACUGCUGGGUUCUCAUUCUGUCUGGCAACCGGGAGGUUCCAGAGAACUUCUUCAUUAACCCACUCACAGGGAAGAGUUUAUCCACCACCAACAAAUGCUUCCUGGGCAUAGAGAGCAUCUGGAACCAUCAGAACUACUGGGUCAACAUGCAGGACUGCCGGUUCGGCUGUGUGGAGAUGAAUUUCGACCUGGGGGAUGCGGUGAAGUGGGAGUAUCUGCUCUAUGGCACAACUGGCCAAUCUCUGCUUCUCAUCCCUGACAUGAAAAAACAGCAGGAGGCAGAGGAUGAUGAAGAGGAAGAAGUGGAUGAGCCCAAGGUGUUUGAAAUGCCUCCAUCCUGGGUGAAUCAAAUCAACAUCUCUCAACAAGACAUGGAGACACGCUGCCCUGGGGGCAUGAAAGUUAUCCAGUAUCGGAAGGCCAAGCUGGAAAAGUUUGCACCCUACCUCCUCCCGGAUGGUCUUGUGACACGCUUGACCUCAUACUCAGACCUCGACUGUACCCAGCCCAGCACUGUGAAGGAGUGGUACCAACACAGGCAUGACCACCUAGAGGAACGGGAACUGAAGAAGACUAGCAAUGUCACUAAUGAGCAUUUCAGACCUGGACGGAGCUAUGCUUUAAAAUCCCACAGGUAUAUUACUAUGACUCCGGAGACGGAGCGUCAGAUGGACUUCUACAGCCAUGCCCGAGCAGACGGGCUGGCCAGACGGGUCGAGAUGCCCUUUGAGAUGACAGAGACCUUUGAGGAUCGACCAGACUUUAUGUACCAUCGUCAUGUCGUUUUUGGCAAACGUAUCAAAGUGUUCGGCCCCAGUAAUACUGAGGCACCUGACCAGGGGCAACGCCCUUUACAGAAGGUGGUGGAACAAUUCAAUCGAGACCGGUCCAAGCCAGCCGGGGAGGACGUAGCAGAGCGUAUCUUUCUAGUGUCUGAGGACAGGAUCCAAGUGACAUACCACCGGGAGGACGACCGGAUUAUUCCUGCUUGGAGAAACUUCAUAAAGCCCAGAGAUUCAGGCGAUUCCCAGAACCCACACUCCUUCACCCCUCAAAUGGCCUCCACUUUCCAGGUAGAUCCAUUUGAGAAGCCCAGUAAGAAUCUCUUUCUGUAUGAAAUGCUAGUCCAUAUGAUGAAGGAGGAGGAGCGCGUUGCUCUCAGAGUCAAGGAGUCUGAAAAAGAGGUGAGGGCGAUACUGGGUGUUAGGGAACAAGAAGAGAGCAGUAUUGAGCUCCACAUCUCCAUCUACAACACAGCGAGAAAUGAGAGAGCACGCUGCCACCGAGAGGCAUUGGAGCGGACGGCCAAAGAGGAGCGUCUCCGACAGGAGGAGAAGGAGCUGGACUUCUUAGCACCUCUUCUGGCCCAGCUGGGUGACCCAGAGAACCUGACCAGACAGGCUGCUCUACAGCUGAGGAAUGACUGCCUGGCUGACCUGAAGCAGCGGCUCAUUGAUAAGGCCAACCUCAUACAGGCUCGUUUUGAGAGGGAGACCCAGGAGCUUCAGCAGAAACAGCAGUGGUACCAGAAGAACCAGCUCACUAUGACCAAGGAGGAUGAAGAUGAAUACCUUGCCUACUGCUCUGAUGCCAUGUUCAGGAUCCAUAUUCUCAAACUGCGUCUGAGCAGGCAUAAGGACAAAGCCCCCCAGAAAUACCUGGCUCUGGAUGAAAGACUGAGACGAGACCCCAGACUGGCCAAUCACCUGUGGUGAUAAACAUGAUCACGUACAGCUCCCUAAUCACAUCCUUCCCCCACUCCAUAAUCUGACAUUCCUCAAUUUCUCUGUUUUGAUUAGGUAUACCACCACUCAAAGCAAUAAACUAGUUUUAUAUUCGUUA